AAAUCCUAGAAGCAAACAACUCACAUUUCCGACUCUCUAGUGUUUCCUGAGAUCGCUUAAGACUAGUUCUACUCGGAAUACCCAAUAUGCGCGUCACUCAUCGUUCAUGCAUUUCAAGAUUGCGGCGCGGUCUCCAUUACUCGCGCGCAUUUCUUGGAGCGAAUGAAUCAAGAAGAACGGCGGAAUCCUCUACUACCCUCGCGUCACGGCCGUUAAGCCGGAGAACGCACCCGAGGCAAAAUGCUACGACCAGAAUUAGCCUUUCCAGACCAGAACCCUCAGGAUACGAUACCGCCGACGCCAUCUUCAAAGCUAGGAAAUACCCACUGCUCGCCGCUGGGGUGGUUGCGCUUGGCGGUGGUAUAUAUGUCAGCAUGAUGAUAUCGUCGUUUGCGGGUGAACCCUCAGCAGAUCUCGAAGCUUCUCCGACUGGUCGGCCACCCCAAUUCACUCGCGAAUCUGCUCGCCAGUUCGACUCCAGCCUCGAUGCGUCUGAAGAGGCCAUGGGUAUUAUAUCACUGCGGAAAGAUAUAGGUCGACUUGCCAUGGGCCAUGUCCUCGAGGUGGCGCUUGGGACUGGGCGCAACUUGGCCUUCUAUGACUGGAGCAGUAUAGUCCCUUCGCAAAAUAAUAUGGCGCCAGAGAAGCCAGAUGCCCCGCAGCAAGCUAUACUUUCUUUUACAGGUGUUGACAUAUCGGCAGAUAUGCUAGGGGUUGCCAUUGACAAGCUACCAAUGGCCGUUCCUGGCAUGAUCGACAUGACUCCAACCGUAUCAGCCCGCACGACAUCAUCAGGUAGUGGAUGGCGAGAAUUCGCAUAUUUUGGCGGAAAGAUCAGAGUCGCACAGUGUGAUAUUCAGGGUUUACUCCCGCCGCCAGAGCCGACAGUCUGCAACGACCAAAAAUACGAUACAGUUGUCCAGACAUUUGGUCUAUGUAGUGUGUCAGAUCCCGAAAAGGUCUUAUCCAACUUGGCAAGCGCCGUCAAGCUUGGAACUGGUAGGAUCAUACUUGUUGAGCAUGGUCGUGGAUGGUGGCGACUUGUCAAUACCCUUCUUGACUGGUCUGCGCUUGCACACUACCGCAAGUAUGGUUGCUGGUGGAAUAGAGACAUUGUCGGAAUCAUCGAAAGCGCAGCUAAGUUAACACCAGGUCUCAGGAUCGUACGACUGGAAAGACCCUUCAUCACGCAAUUGGGCACUACGGUAUGGAUUGAGCUAGCUGUGGACUCACCCAAUGGCAGCGAGCCAUCGCACGAUCCAUGACAACCGUAAACGCACUCUCGAGAGUAUGCCGGAAGAAGAGUUUCAUGCUGGAAUGCUGAAUGGGGGUUUGAAAGGAGAUGUCUUCGUUGCUUUAUCAUUGCUUCAUCUCAACGUAGGCCUAGGCUGCGUCCACAGCCUCAUAUUGUACACUACAAAACCAUAAAUACAAAUGAGUAUCCAUCAUAUCACCAGUCGGGGCAUUUCGACGAAGGUCGCUGUGCUCAGCAGGCAUCAAGCAAACAAUCAAGCUCAUCAAGCUCAAUGUCCUCGGGCUUGUGGUCCCACUCGAGCGAUUUGCCAAACUUCAGCCAGUUAUCUUCUGUGUCUUUUCUAGUGCUCGAUGGUGGGUAAGUCGCUCGGAAUGCCGGACUGGCGAUGAAGUUCAUAGACACUGUUGACCCAGCGGCGAUGUAUGAUCUGUCUCCAAACAGGUCAUCCCGAGCAAGGUCAUCGGCUUGGACAUGCUCUCCACAGCCUGGUAAUGAUUCGCCAGACAGCUUGCGCUUAUGAAGUCCGUCUGCCGUUUGAGUAAAUUCUCUCUCGUCUUUCUCCAAAGGGGGGGAUGCGCUUCUGAUGGAGCGGGGCAUCCGAAAAGUCUUCGAAAAAGACCCAAUGGGCGUGACUGGGACAUUCAUAUCAUCGACCAUGUCAUCAAAGUCGGGCGAAAGAUCGACCUCUGGCGAAGGACUCAACUCACGUCGAUGCGCAUCGUCGUCGUCGCCAGAGAGAGACCCGGUACUCGAGAUCGAAGGAGAUAUGGCAACCCGAGAACGAAGCUUGAGGGCAGUCAUAGGAGGUAACGGCUUGCGGGCGCAUGUUGUGAGAUGAUAGUAGCUUCGGCGUAAAUGCGAAGACUCAAGUUCCUUGGCUAGUGGGCAGGGCGCCAAAGCAGACCAGCAUGGGCGCUUG